AUGAACGAUGAGGCAUCCCGGGGGUUCUGGGCCCGGGGUCUUCCCCCGAUUCGUUUGCCUCGACCCCCAGCCCCGAACAGAGGUUGGCGCCCAGUGGCCCUGCGCCCGCCCUACCUUGUCGCCCUCGUAUGCCUGAUGUUGACGAUGCUGCUGUGCCUGGAGGGGCUACGGCAGUAUAGCUAUCGCGAAGGGGGUCUUUUCUUCUUCAACGAUACCGACGAUGUCUCCGCGAUCCAGACCUUCGCCUAUAAUUACGUCCCGAUUAUCAUUUCUCUCGUGCUUGUUUUGGUCUGGACCGUCACCGAUUUCGAUGUUCUUCGCCUGGAGCCGUACUUCCAGUUGUCACGCCCGGAAGGGGCGCCGGCGAGCGUCCUCUUCAUCAACUACAACUUUGGGCAAACCAUUUUGACCCCGAUCAACGCGGCACGCCGUCAUCACUGGCUAGUACUUUGGGUCUCGUUCGUGACGCUCUCGAUACGGAUGAUUCUUCCCGCCUUGCAGAGCACGCUGUUUGAGCUGCGCGAAGUGACGGUUAUCGACUAUGGAUCUAUGAAAAGUUGGCCUAAUUUAGUUGACCUGAGCACACAGACGAACUGGAUGUCAACUCAGGCAAACAACACUGUCGACUCCGUACUCUCUACAGACGAACAACUCCGCCGGUCUCGGUCGGCUCAAUACGCAGUGGCACCCGUCGAGAUUCCGGAUAGCGACCUGGAGGAAAGUACAACGUGGACGCUGGAUCAAACUUUGUAUUGGGCGCAAGUGUCCUGUGAGAAUGUUCUUAUUGGUGACAGCCUUACUGUGAGUAUCGAUGACACUGACGCGGAGUUUCCAAACAUCACCUGGAACGCGACUGGGAUUGACCUGGAAGAUGCGUACGGGGGAGCCAACAAAUGCACUCUCGAUUUCCAAUACGAGAGUGUCUUCUUUCCUCAAACCGACUACCUCCAAGUGCGUUAUUGGGAACCAGUUAUCAGUGAUGCUGCCAAGGAGUCUUUUCCGAGCCGAAGUCAGGCCUUUACAGCGUCCGGCUGCGAUCCUUAUGACCUUUAUGGCAUGAUUAUUGGGGUGAAUGCGACCAGCUCGACUUCGACGUCAAGCUCGACUCCGACGUCCAGCUCGAUCCAGUAUUCCGCGACGGGUGUCGCUUUCGCUUGCGACAUUCUGUAUCACAAAGCGGAGGCUCAAGUGAAUAUGCACUCGAACAGCUCCAUCAUGUCUAUCAAAAUCGACCCAACCACUACCCGCACGCUUACCGAUGCUGAGUUCAGCAUCGAGCACUUUCAAGCCCUGCUUUCCCAGCGCGCUCCGUACACGAGUGACUUGCUUUUUAUUCGUGAAAACGCUACCACAGGAGGACGCACGGUGACUGAGCUACCUGUGAUCAGCCAGGAACUAGGGGAACUUCAGCCGCUCUUGGUGCUCGACACGUCGACCGUCAUGACGGAAGCUGAAUUCGAAUCGAAGAUUGAACGUGAUGUAAAACAGACGUUUGUGUUGACACUCGGUCGCUUGUUUGAUCCAGACACUAAACCUACCAUUAUCCCGGCGUCACGCUUUUCCAACCAGGUUGCCAUCGCCGUCGUCGACUUUGCCGCUAUCUGGUCUGAGCUCAUAUUGGUUUCGGCGAUCUUGGCUGCUUUGUACCUCCUUUACACGUACCGUACGCGACCAAUCUUCCUCCAAAGCGAUCCGGGCUCCAUCGGUGCUAUGUGCAGUAUCACUGCGGAUGUCUUUCACCCAUCUAACAUCCUCGCCGAGCCAGUCGCUGAGUUUCAUCAGUUUUCCACACGUCAACUUCGGCGUAUCUUCAAAAAGGCUAGAUGUUACUGGCGACCGGGCCCUGGUGGCAAUCGGUUGGAGAUUCUUGCCGAAGAUGGCUCACCCGUUCAACUUGAUGAGAAUCUCCAAACCCAUGUUGAUCCGAUGCCUCACUUUCUCGUCAUUCCCUUCUUUCUCGUGGAGUUCCUAGCUUUGGCUGCUGUCAUCAUUCUCAUGGGACUGGUGAUUUCUUCCCUCCUCAAGGACGGCCGCUUCCGCCACCUGACUCAGGGCGACUCGAGCUCAUUCCAGGUUGUUCUUUCCUUCCUACCCUCGGUCGUAGCCUCGUCUGUGGGGUCUCUCUGCACCUCCAUCCACCGAAACCUUAGCGUUCUGGAGCCUUGGGUCCACCUUCAACGUGGGAAUGCGUCCGCACGAGCUUCCCUGUCCUUGAAUUACUCCUCCCAAAGUCCGUUUGCCAUUUUCUUCAAGUCUGUACGUGACAGACAUGUGUUACUGGGACUGGUCUCUAUAGCCUGUGUUGUCAAUAUGGCUCUCACUGUCGUGGCGGGCGGACUUUUCACGCAACAAAUGGCAACGUCUACUCUGGCAACCCAGGAUUUGACCAUGAACUACAGCCAAUCCAUCUUUUGGCAGACUGACUUUGCUGCUCAAUUCACUGAGUAUGACCUGAUACAGACCAGCAUCACCAGUGGAGUCCCUAUGCUGCCAUGGACAAGUCCUAACCAAUCUUUUGUUCCCGUCCACGUGAAAAACAGCGACGCUGAUGUGACUUACGGGGCAACAACCCUUGGGGUGGGUACCACACUGGAUUGUCAGACACUUUCAACCGACGCGCUUGUGCACAACGAAACCAGCGGUCGUCAAUAUUGGCGGUAUGAGUUGUUCGGCAACUCUUCGAUGGAGUGUACCGCAGGCAUGCCACCGCUAAAGGGCAAGGAUGAAGGAAUUGCUCUCUCCAUUCAUUUUCUAUCUCCAGAUGACACCGAGCAUUCUGACAUCUGUCAAACCUCGACUGUCUUGGUCGUUGGCCGGUGGGACUACUUGGCAGAUACGCCAAUCACCGACGACAAUACCAUUGCUUUGCAUUGUGAGCCUCAGGCCAAACUGCAGGACUACUCUAUCAAUUUCGAUGAGAAAGGUCAGAUCGCAUGGCAUAACCCGGUGGCCAAUACAUCGAUCACGGAAGGAGCCAUGUAUGACAACGCGACCGUGAGUCUCGGGCAGUUCAACAAAGUUUUUGCCGCCAUCCCCAACAGUUAUGUCGGCAACACCACUAUGCGGAACGGGACAUACAACGUAUCAUCGUAUGACUGGGCAGGUUUCCUCGUUGCCCGUCUUUACCAGCGCGAAGAUCCUGAUUUUGACUCGUUGAACCCCGACCUCCUAAUGGAUAUGACUCAAACCGUGUUUCAGUGGGUAUAUAGCACCUACUUUUCAAUAUGGCGCAACAUCUACCUAGAGCCCCUUAUCGAGCCCAUUCAGGCCACGAAUGCCACCGUCACCAGAAGCACCUGGCGCAUGGUCCCGUCGGCCCCGUCGCUUGCCAUUGCCUUGACUAUCAUUGUAUUUGACACAAUAGUGGUGCUCUUGGUAUUUUGGACCCGUCGUGGCCGAUUCCGAGCGCCGCGAAUGCCACGUUCCAUUGGAGCUGUCAUUCCUUGGAUUUCCCAUAGCCAGAUGCUUAAUGAUUUUGCCGACACUCACACAUGGAGCAGUGCCAAACGGCAUGCACACCUCACAUCUUUGAACAAACGUUACGGCUUCCGAAUGUUCAUGGGUGCCGACAACCGCUGGAGGUUCGCGGUAGACCAGGAACCGGAGACUACUAAGCCUCCAGAUGCCCGAUCUGGUGAUUCAGAACCAGAGGGCGACAAAAAUACAUCGAUUCAGUUACAGGAAAUUCGAAGGCCGCAGAGCCCGACUCAGCUUUGA